CGCUUUACCUGAUUGGUUGACGCAUCUUUCUUUCCCGCGUCGAGUCUACAUAAGCUAUCGUUCGCGCCAAAGAAGACCUUGUUUCCGUUCCCAUGACUACCACAAAUUUCUAUGGUGAGGAGAGACACGUGGACUCUGCAUUUCGUGCCUGCCUCAAACAUUAGGUUAGAUACCUCAAGAUACCUAUUUUUAGUACCUUGAAGAAGACGUCCCUUGUUCCUUGUCAAUAAAAAAGAAGAAAAAAAAAGCCGCGAAAAAACGUGCAAACUCAAACGUCAUGGCAAAGAAGAGGAAACAAUUUGACGAAUAUUUGGGAGGAUCCGAGACCCUUCCAUCCGAAGUGAAUAUUAUGCACUUCGUCUCUUCACGAGCCCGUGAAAUUUCCGCGAUGACAUCUUCGAUUGAAAAUCCUAAGCAAACCAAGUUAAUAUUUCAAAAGCUUCCUGUAUACAUGCGCAGACGGGUCAUGUCUCAUAAUGUUAAAAGGUUGCCCCGCAGAUUGCGAGAGGCACAUUCAGCACAAAUGGCAAAGUCAGCGAACGGCCAGAAUUUACCAUCGACGAAUAAACGACCAUCUCGAAAGUAUCGUAGGAGGCCACGCAAUUUACUUUCCGAAUACUACCGCAGACAACGUAAGAAAAUCUGGUUGGAGACUCACAUCUGGCAUGCAAAACGUUUUCACAUGAUCGACAAGUGGGGAUAUAAAAUUCCAAAUUAUUCCAACGACAAGAGCUUUAGAGCCAGUUACAGAGCUACAACACAAAACUGUCUUUUACAAGAUAUUUCUUACUAUACCUGUAUCGAGAUAGUAGGAGAGAAAAAUUGGUUGGAAGCAACUUUGAAGGAACAUUGUAAUCCGAGAAAAACUUUUACAGCAGAGAUGUACACCAGUGGUCAGAAAGAAGGUACGGUAAUGUUCUUUAAAAGGAAUGGCUAUCCACAGUUCCCUAUUGGUAAUGUGGACUUUUUCUGGAAGCUAAGCGAGACAGACAUUAAAACCAUUUGGAUCUGGGUACAUCCUGCUUUUUAUAGUGAUUUUCUUAGUGAGAUUAUAUCUAGUUUUGAGUUUAAACAGAAUAAUGCUGAACAAGAUAGAACUGACAUUUUACACCAUUUAAAUGAUUUGUACACAAAUGAUGCAGGCUGUAAAAUGCUUGUAUUAAGAUACGCAUUAAAUAGAUUCAGACUUUCUGGGCCAGCAGCUUUAACUGUACUAGGAGAAGCAUUAUAUGUACCAUCUUUAACUGAACUGGAUUUGGAUUCAGAAAAUUGCCCUAUGAGAGAAGAACAGGAUAGCUCAUUAAAUGAUGAAAAAUUAGAUACAACAUCAACAGGCAAUAAUGUCUCUGUGCAACCUGUGGAGAAAAUGGUAAUUGAUGAAAAUGAAAAAGAUACCAAAGAUUUGACUAUACAAGAUCUUAAGAAGAAAAUGUGGUAUAAUGAAUAUUAUAAUGAAAGAGAAAAUAUAGAAGCUUUUAAGAUACAAGAACAGUUGUGGCAAUCGAUGAAGGUUUUGGGAUCACCAAGUUUCCUAUUAUCAAAUAUGAUUAUUGGAUUAACCGUUUUAGAUCCACGCUUUUAUUUGCCCGUAAAAAGGACGAAGACUGAGAUUCCUUCGUCUGCUAAAAACUUAGAUUGUCAGCUACCAACUGACUUAAAUCGUUCCCCUAUUUGGGAUGCACAAAUACGUCAUAUCGUAAGCAAUUCUUGUGUGUCCACAGACAGAAUCAACAAACUUAGAAGUGAGUGUCUUGUACCUGGUAUGUCAAAUGAUCAAUACUUUAGUAAGGAUGUAAUGGCAAAAAUACCGAUACUUCUUGUUCAGAAACCAGCAGCAGCUCCUUUAGGUUUAGGUUCCAGGAUAGAUAUCAUUAUACCAUCUAGAUGGGCAAUGGCAUUUUGGAUUGCACUUAUAAUGCGAUGUGCAAGAGUAGGCGCACUUCGAGAAUCCAAAUUGAUAGCUUUUGAAAGUUUAGCAACAUACGUACCUGAUAUUAAUGAUCCUGACACUCCUGCUUACACGAGGGAGGCGUUGAUGAGAAAGGAGGAAUUAAUCAACAAAUAUUUUUCUUAUCCCCCAAACAGAAGAAAUAACUUUAUCAAAUUUGGCAUUCAUAGUCCUUUCUUCUGCGAUUGGAAAAAUUUAACCAAAGGCUGGUCGGACGUUGAAGAUUUUCACGUUCUGAGACACUUUAGACCUUUGGCACUUUUAAAAAUAGAAAUUGAGAUUCCUGUGAAGCGUAAGAAUGCAAGGUCCAAGUCAACUGUCCAAGAGUCCGAGUUCAAUUUUCAAGAAUUCGAUGAAUAUAAAAAUUGCCUGGUACAAGUCCAAUUGUCUAUGAUGGGCAAAGGAACGCCGGAGGAGUUCGCGAUCAUAUGUAUGCCGACACACGAAGAUUUGGAAGGAUUCGAGAAUAAUAAAAAAUAUGCCGGGCCUUUGGAAAAAUGUCACAUCGAUCCGAAUGAAAAGUCCCGCAAAAUAUUACGCAAGGAACACUUGAUGCAAUUGAAACGACUAAGACGGCGCAGAGUUGAACGGAAGAAGAAGCUUCAAGAUAAUGUAUUGCCGGAGGAAUUUGAUGUCAUUCAUGACACGAUUAAUUGUGCAAAACUCUCAGAACAUCGCAAAAUGAUAUCAGAUUAUGCGAAAGAAAUGAGAAAAUUGUAUCUCCCAGAAUCGACGGAAGUUCGCCAUUCCUGCGAUAGAGAAGUCAUGGGAUACGUAACGAUAGGCGGUUAUUCAUUUCUUCGUGCGAAAGGUAUUGGCAUCGGAUAUGUCACAUUACCCUCGCUACUCGAAAUUAUUCGCAAAAAGUCUAACUUUGUUCUCGUCAGGAACACUAAAAAACGACAGUACAGAUUAGCACAAUUAGAUAUAUUAUUAGAUUUUUAAGUGUACGUGAUAGGCAGUGUUUGCUGUAGAUAAUUUCAA